CUCACUUUAUCCCACAAAGGAACUCGCGAGUUUCGUUACUUAGGUGGUGUUGUUGCAAAGGGUGUUGUGUUGGAGUUACUACUUACUACCGCUUACUACCAUUACCAGUCUACCGCUAAUGCCUCUGUCGCUGCAGUAUGUUCACCCUGAACUUGGACCAUACUGUGGGUAACUUGGAAUAGAAUAGGUGUAGAGGGUUUAGGAAUGGCGUCGUCCCCUCCGUGCCUCCCUCCAGUUAGUGGUGUUCUGGUUGUGAUGAAUCCCCAAGUGAUAAAACCGGUUGCAUUCCGAGCUGUGCAGCAUGAUGGUUCCAUGAGGACUAACUCUCCAACCGGAGGCUACUACUUUGCCGGUUACCACUCUGCCCCACUCCAAAGACCCAACUCUGUGCUCAAAAGAAUCUCUUUUCAUCGAUCUAUGCCCCACUUGAGCGGUGCAAACAACGUGUCAGACGGAAUGGACUCUGGUCACAGCUCGGCUCUCCUUCCUGAUGAAGUGAGCGAGCAGUUGAGGGUUAAAGACGUGGAAAUAGCGCGUCUGCGACAAACACUCGAAGACAAUGAACGAGCAAUCAUCAAUGUGUACGAAGAGAAGGAAGAAAAGUGGAGGCUCGAGAUGGAAAACUUGAAGAAGCAUUACGAAGGGUUACUGCAGCAACAGGUAAAUGAGCGUUCCCACCACCCAACCCCGAGGGAGGACGAUCCACAACAUUUAAGGGAAGCACUGUACCAGUGUCGACAAGAACUUGACAACAUGGUGCAAGGUUUUCGCGAGGAACGUUCCUGCUGGUUGAAAGAAAAAGCCAAAGUCCUCCAAUACCAGCGACAGUUACAACUCAGUUAUUGGCAGAUGCUCGACGAUUGGUCUUGAUACAUUCACAUCUGAAUCUUUAUUAACAAUGUCAUUUCACAUGGCACUCGAGUAAUCCUCUCAGUCAACUGGCAUCGAUUGGAGCUCCCUUCCAUAGUUCCUAUUGUUUGAAUGAGUCUCGUCAAAAUCGUGUCCUGGGAAACAAAAUAUUAUGAGCAAUUUCAAACUUGAAUAUUCUAGUCACUCGACAGCAAUGUGCACCACGUAAAUUUUUCAUUCACUCAAGAGAAAAUCUGUAAAGAGAGAUUUAGACGAGUCUUUCCAGCACGCGAUUAUACCAAUUUCCAAUAUGGAACAAGCUCUAGAAAAUUGAUUCCCAGGACACACCUGGAAUUGGUUGUAGAAGGACAACAGCUCUCUCAUAUGUACAUAGUUUGUUACGGCAAAGUUGAAUAAAAUCCACUUUUACA